GGGUUCGAUCCCCGGGAGAUGCUUUGGUGGUUUAGCACUGAGGAAGGUAGUCUAGUAUUGGUGUAACUCUCCAGGAACGAUGGUUAGGAAACUACCCGCCUAUAUGACUGAAAUACUGUUGGGGAAAAGGCGUAAAAUCAAACAAACAAAAAACUAUGUUUGUCAAAAGAUUGAACAAUUCUGUUUUAAACUGCAGAAACAGCUGUUUAGUGUUUUGCAAUGCCUGUAAAGAUAAGAGCGAUCGCUAUUACAAUCUGCCUUGUUUUAGAGGUUACCAUUCUAUAAAUUUUAAAUCAAAAAUAACAUUUUGAAAGCAUCCUUAUAAUGAAUAACAUCAUCAUUAAACAAUUUGUAUAUAUAUGGACGACGGAGUCUAUUCAUAAAAAUAUUUUGUCACAAUGUCUUUGAUGACCACUUCGUUGAUGAGCAAAGUGCAAAAUCACUAUAUCUCAACUAUACAUUUAUUUUGCGUCAUACAUAUUAUUCUUUAUCCACUGAUUUUAAGUUCAUUUUAUACACGAAGAAAAGGCAAAGUAGACUGUAUAUUGUAUUACGUAUAAUCAUUAAAUGGGAAGGUUUUAAGUAUCUUGUCUUCACAUUUACUCGUUCCUUUGGACAAUUGUUUGAUGUGAUAAAACGUUUUCUUUGUUUUGUAAACUCAUUCAAUUUUAAACAUGCCUUUCACUUUAGGACUAUUUUAAAACCCGACAUGUGUUUUGGAAUUUAAUAACGAAUAUUUCAUAGAACUUUAUUUGAUAUAUCGCAUGUGCCGGAAAAUGAUACGAUAUUUCAUUUUUACUAAACAAAUUGCAUUGCACGUGCUUUUUAUUCACUGGUGUGUUUACCAAAUAUUAAAUUUAGAAUGUUUGCAGUGUGAUAAUGAAUUCAAAGUGAUUUGUAGACAACCUUGUCCAUCUUAUUGUAGACAAUGUUCAUCGGACGAUUUAUGUCUGACAUGUUUAUCAACACCGUCAAAUUUUGUAGAUACUAGUUCUUUUCUAUGCGUUUCAAGUUGCGAGGGUCAAUGUGUCUUAAAUAAAGGUUGUUUAAAAGACUGUAGUGUACUGCGCGUGAUCAACACAUAUCGUCCUGUUCUUUGUGUAACAAAUGACACUUGCCUUAACUGCUUGAAAUUAACUGGAAAGUGUUUGCAAUGUGAUGCCGGAAGAUAUGGCAAUCUUUGUCAAAAAAGAUGUGGAUAUUGUCAAAGAGAUUUAAAAGGACUCGUUAAAUGUAACACAAAUACUGGCAACUGCAGGAGUGACUGCGAAAAUGGAUAUUUUGGUGAACGUUGCGAUAAACCAUGCAAAAAUUGUAUUUCAGUUACAAAGUCAAAACAAUGUGAAAAAAUAACUGGAGAAUGUAUUUCUGGUUGUUUACCAGGCUGGUUUUAUAAGACAUGUAAUGAAACGUGUAGCAGCAUGUGUCUUCAUAGGACAUGUCAUCAAAUAAGUGGAUACUGUGUUGAGGGUUGUAUAACUGGUUGGUAUGGUAACAAAUGUGAAAAGCAUUGUAAUGAUAAUUGCAAAAGGAGCUGCGAUCAAAUAAGCGGAAACUGUUCUGAGGGUUGUAUAACUGGUUGGUAUGGAAACAAAUGUGAAAAGGAUUGUAAUGAUAAUUGUAAAAAUAGAUAUUGUGACAAUUUAAACGGAUAUUGUACAUAUGGUUGUAGUCAAGGAUGGUUUGGCGAAACAUGUGAAAGCGUAUGCUCUGACAAAUGUUUGCACAAUUCCUGUCACAGUUCAGCGGCAUGCAAAUACGGUUGUUUGCCAGGGUGGUUUGGCAAUACAUGCGAAACAAGUUGUAAUAUUGCUUGCUACAAUAGAUCAUGUGAUCAGACAACUGGAGUAUGUGAAUUCGGUUGUAUAAAUGGAUUCAAUGGUCCGAAAUGCAGUGAAAUUGACCAUGUUUUUACUAACGACAGCAUUUCACUAGAUGGACACAAGAGAGAGGAUAAAACAGUUGAUGACUAUGACAUUAAACCAAUAGUAUAUGGCAUUUUCGGGAGUAUAUCUGGGAUGUUUGUCACAGGACUGGGUUGUAUAAUGAUUCUGUUAAUAAGAAAAGCCAUUACAAGAUUCCGAUGGUAUGACUAUCUUAACAACUCUUUACAGGGAAAUGUUUCACCAAUAUAUGAUGAGAUUUUACAAACCAAUGAAUUGAAUACAAAUGACGAGACAACACCAGGUGGGAAUAUAGAAUUUACGGAGUCUCACGAGUUUCACUAUACUGGCGGUGAAACAUCUAUCAAUCUUCGAAAUAAAGCUAGCGUCUGUGAUCAAAGAGCUUUACAGAUAAGCCAGGGCGAAGAACUAGAAAGAGAAAGAACGAACAGUUUUGUCGAAACAACGGGUAUUUACAGAACACAUCUUAGCGAUAAUUCUGACUAUGAACAAAUACAGCUGCAACCAGAUUUUUGUGAAGAAAGAAAUGAAAGCGUUUACUACUUACACCCUAUUAAUUGAAGGAAUUCCUGUGAGGUACAAAAGGCAAAAACGUCAAAUUUUCAUUCCUUAAAUAGAUCAGCUUGAUAGUCUAUGUGCACUAAAACAGAAAUAUAUGCAACAGAUAGUUAAAAAAUAUACCCAGAAAUAAA